AUGCCGUCCACGAAACAACAACGUGCUCGUCGCCAGACUGCGCCAUCGGGCCCGCCGCGGAAGCCAACUGCCAGCGAAACACAGUCGCGCCUCGAGCCAACAGAGGAGCAGUCACCAGGGCUUCUACAUUGGAGCAUACCUGCCUGGAACAAUGAAUUGGAGUUUUCGCAGUGGCUUAAUGAGGUCAAAGAUGAUUUGGUUGAGGAGAGCUAUGACCAGUACCAAACCUACCUCGACGAACUACAACAAUCGAAGGAGCACAUUGAUGAGAUCUUGAUGAACACAUUAACCCUACUUGACGACUUAUCUAGCAUAUCCGAGUCCUUCAAAUCCGUGGAGUCGCAGACGUCCAACUUCGAGAAACAAUGUGAGGGGCUACUCACUGCCCAGAGGCGAGACACGAAGCUUGCAAACGGAAUUCAGAAUAACUUGCAUUACUAUGACUUCUUGGACCCUGCAUCACGGCGCCUGAAUGCGCCAGGUGCUGGUAAUACUGUGCGAGACAGGGAGUUCUCUGAUAUGCUUCGGCGCCUGGAUGUGUGUUUGGAUUACAUGGAAACUCACUCCGAACAAAAAGAGGCAGAGGUCUAUCGUUCUAGAUAUCGGCUUCUGCUAACCCGUGCACUGACUCUCAUCCGCGGCAACUUCGUGGCUUCACUUAAAGAUAUCUAUCAGAAUGUCUCGAAGAAAGUUUCAGACCAAAGCCUAAAUGACACUGCUUUAUCAGCACUUCUGUAUGCCAAAUUUAGGAUUGGCGCACCCGAAUUGAAGCAAAUCGGAGUGGAGAUCCAGAAAAGAGCCGUGCCACCGCUGAAUCCAGACCAGAACAAUGAAGCCGAAUACCAGAGUUUGAUGAACGAAUUACACAGCAACUAUGCAGCAACUAGAGCCCGUCUAAUUGUCCCGCUUGUUCGCAAGAAGCUCGGGGAGAUCACGCAAACACCCAGUUCAUCGAAAGACUUGGUUUCCUUUGCCCGUGCUAGCAUAAGCUACAUUCGUGGCGUCUGUUUAGAUGAAUACGAUCUAUGGGGAGAAUGGUUCCAUGGUCAGGGAGGUCUAUAUGACUUCCUUGAGACUAUCUGCGAGCCUCUCUAUGACCACCUUCGCCCCCGUAUCAUCCACGAGACUGACAUUGUCAACCUCUGCCAACUUUGCACUCUUCUACAGACUCGAUAUUUCAUGGACCCAGAAGAAGAGCCAGAGCCAAAUGAUACAAACCAGCUUGACUUUGCCACUUUGAUCCAGCCCGCUCUUCAGGAUGUUCAAACUCGAUUGGUUUUCCGUGCUCAGGCAGUUCUACGUGAUGAGAUCGAACGAUACAAGCCUCGCCCAGAAGAUAUCGAUUACCCAAUACACAGCCGACAAGUAUCAUUGACGGUGACCGAUACCCAAAUUUCAGGGAGGAAAGACACGACCGCCGAUAAUAUGAUCGAUAUGACAAAAGAUGAGACUACAACUGAGAAGGACGGAAAGUGGGACUUUGAGACCCAAACCGCGCUUAAGGGAUGGUAUCCCACCUUGCGAAAGGCAAUUUGGCUUCUUAGCCGAAUCUAUCGUCUUGUUAAUUCAACCGUUUUCGAUGACCUGGCACAUAACAUCGUCCACCAAACUACCAUCUCCCUUCAAAAUGCCAGCACGCUCAUUUCCAGCAAAGCCAACGCAGCAGACGGUCAACUUUUCUUAAUGGGUCACCUUUUAAUCCUAAAACAACAAAUCGUCGCAUUCGACAUUGAAUACGUUGCCCCAGAAGUCUCCUUCGACUUCUCUGGCGUCACAAGCACAUUCUGGGAACUCCGCGAAAGAGGCGGUCUCUUCAACCCGCGCAACCUCAUGCGUCUCGUAGGACACGGCCUAAUUCCCCGCGUCGUGGAGAACAUGCUCGACGCAAAGGUUGAAUUGGACGGCCGGCUUCGCACAGUCAUCAAUGACUUUAUCAACGCAUUUGCGGCGCGGAUGACCGCUUCUCUACCGGCGAAGUUUGUCGAUACAAGAAAUCUAGUAACGGGGGAACUUACUCUACCCUCUUGCCGGACUAUUGAAAAGGAGGUUCCUGCUCUCAGGAAGAUUUUGAAUGAGUACAUUGAUGACACUAGGAUGAAGGAGACGCUUGUUGGGGCGGUGCAGGAUCGCACGAUCCAGAUUUACGAGGACUUUAUAGAGAAGUAUGCUGCUUCUGAGAAAGGGAAGGGAGUUGCGUUUAAUAAGAAGGGCAAGGAUCGUGAUGAUGCCGUUUGGGAUCUUGAGACUUUUGCGGAGUGGUGUGAGGGUAUUUUCCGUGUUGGGGUUGCGGGUCUACAAGCUGGACAGGUCGAUGAUGAAGAUGACAAUCUUUCGAGCUCGACUUCUUAG